CACAAACCUGAGUGCACUGACUUGACCAACCGUCACCAUGCGGACUGAACAGAGCAAGGUACUUGCGAUCACUGGCAUACUUUUGUUAGUCUGCUGCACUAUGGUUGAGUCAUCUCCAGUUUCCAAUUACCGAAGCCCAUUAGCUCAGCGGAUGAAGAGAUCAAUGCUCUGGUGGUGGAUCGCACAGAGGCCCAUUGGUGCAACCUGUAGAGUGGACUCUGAAUGCAUCACCAAUUACUGUGCAAUUCAGGAUACGAUGGCGUUUUGUUCAUUAAAAAAAGAGUCUCAGCCUAAACCAACAUUUAUUGCGUGAUCAAACAACCAUCGGUAUUCUGAAGUAAAAGGAAGUGCACUCAGGAAACUACACACUUUCAUCCUUCUGAUGUGACUUGCAGAUGGGAAUCCAUUUCAAUCUUCUGUGGGACA